GUGACAUCAAUGAAACCGGCACGAGAAAAUGAUGAUGGUCAACAAAACGGAUAAUAUAAACCAGUAAAUGGAAUUUAAACCCCUCCAUAAGGUUCCUGAUUUUAAAAAGGAAUGCGCAGAAGUACUGAAUGAAGAAUGGAAAAGGAGUUUAACUGCAAGAUUACACAGUCUAGAGAAAUCACGGGAUAGUUUUCCAGUGUGUUUAGUACUGCUAGAGAGAACUGAUAAUGGAGAACAGAGUGUUGUUGGCCACAGUAUGCUGUCUGUUGUACAUGGACAGGACUUACCUAGCUGCCUUGUGGAAUCAGUUGUAGUGCCAAAGAGUCGUAGAGGGAAAGGCUAUGGCCGAAUUGUCAUGGAGAAAACAGAGGAAUUUGCUGCAAGCAAGGGCUAUAAAGUGAUGUAUUUAACUACGCAUGACAAGCAGAAGUUUUAUGAACACCUAGGAUACACAUACUGCUCACCUAUUGUUACGUUUAAUGCAGAUAUUAUUCCCGAACAUCUGGCAAAUAAAUUGAUUGGGAGUUUAAGAAGUCCUGCACAAGGUACAGACACUACACAACAUGGGAGUAGCUUACCAGAAAUGGUGCACACAUCCUCAGAUGUUGGACAUAACUGUAAAAGUUCAGAUCAGGACAAUGUUAUAAAAACUUCCAAAAGAAAUUGUGAUACAACAAAAAGUGACAGAUGUUUAUUAUCAACUAGCACUACAACAGUUACAAACUGUAAACCUAUACCUCAGACUGCACCGGUGGAGAUACCACCUACUGAAAUGAAUCUUCCCCCGCCACCCCCUCCACCGAGUGCUCCACCACCACCCCCUCCUCCACCUGUAGUGGCUCCCAUAGUAACAAAGCCUUCAGCUGAUGGCAGUGGCAAAAUUACACGCUGGGACCCAGGUCUUGUGUCCUGGAUGAAGAAAACAAUAGUGUGAAAUAAAGGGAACAGUAAUGAAUAAAAUAUUAUCAAGUCUUUACUAAAGUGUUAAGUUAAAGAAAGAAAUGACAGACUCUUGAUAACUUCUUUUUUUGAAUACAAUACAGCCGGAGCAGAACCUUUAUAAACCCUUAAAAAAAUUACGGGUGUUCAGUUGCAAUGGCUGGACACCCGAUUGUCCCUCACGGUCAUGAUCACAGCAGUUUGUGGUGGUCUGCUAAAAGGAAUCUCAGUGUUCAUGCGAGGGGCCAUUGCGGUCAAGGAUCUAUUUUAACAUUAACUGUAUUACAGCGGGCCUCGCUCUGUCAUUGGCCAAAUUCGGCAUUUGCGAAAAUCGUAAUAAUUUGGCGACGAAAAAAAUCACUUUUGGAGAAAACUCUUGGGGAAGCAUUUUUCCACCUGAUUUUGUUCACAAUCACAGAAUGGUUUUUUAAUCUACUCCGGAGGUACGACAAGGCGCAUUUCCGUGAAAAAAAUAGAUACCAGUCUACAAUACAUCAUCUGGGAAAUCAAAAGGUUAAAAUCUUUCACACAUUUGCCUGGAGGUGCGAAUAUUGUGUUUGACACAAGUGACUCAAUUUUUGUUUGUUUAAAGAUGAUUGAAUGAGUGAUUAAAGAAAACUGAACAAAUUAGCUGUUGGAUUAUGUGAUAAUUGAUUGGAAGUCGGCAAAAAUACUUAAAUUGCCUCUUUCGACGCGGCCAGUUCUCUGAAGUGCAUGGACCUGCGUUUAGUAAAAAAUGAAAUUUUAUGUCAUUAAGUUUAAUAAAGGUCAUGUUAAUUGCCGUAUAUCUGAGAAUUGUGAAAAAUGUAAUUAUCCGUAUUCUGAUCAGAGUACUUAGUAAGUACUCGUUUCUGCUUAAAAGUACGGGGAAUUGUGCUAUUCCAUCAUUCGCCAAAAUGGCAUCUUUUGCAGUUAAAUGCUCUUUAGAUCUAGAUUUGUCUUGUAUUCCGCUAUCCAAAAAGUCUAAAUUUGAGAGUGCUACUCCACGUGCAUUCAGAUAGCAAUCAUGGUUGAAUGAAUUUGAUUGGCUUCAAUAUGACUAAUGUUUUGUAAAUUGUGCAUUAAGGUGCAAAAUUCAAAUAGCUUUACAUCAGGUUGUGGAAAGAUGAAGGAAGAUAACCUUAUUAAACAGAAGAAAACUAAAGAUACAAAAUGCAACUUGCUUAUUUUCAAAG